AUGACUUCGCCCUCACCCUCGCGUUCGCGUUCACCGCCACCUCCUCCCCACCCAUAUGAGAUCCGUGGGUUUGAGAUUGGCGGCGACAGUUUUGACAUCAACAUACGUGUCAACAGCGUGCGCUUCGAUAUCCCUCUCUCGCCUGACAAUUUCGAGCGUUCUCCCAAAGCACUCGCACUCUUCAAGAAGAUCUUCAGCCUGGUCAAGAGCGAUGAUGAUGGCGAUCCCGAUGUGUGGGCCUACGCCAGAGAGGUCGCGGAUCAUUUCUUGCCGGAAUUUCAGCGUCUUGCGCCGAAGAAAGUCCAUACCGGCAAGCUGACUCUUGCAGACCUCAAAGCAAGCGGCUACUUUGAGUGCGAAUACAAAGUCGUCAAGGAGCGACCAACCAUAACAGCCGUCAAGCCUUGGGGGCGGCAGGAUGACGAUGACGGUCCUUGCGCUGACAAGGAGUGGGAUAUGCGUACCUACCAGUCAACGUUCCCACUCUAUAGUCUUGAAGAUGUGGAGAUCCCUUACACUGACGGCGAAUCUAUUCAUGAUAUCAUCCCCCAGAGGGUGUUUGUGAAUGGGAAAACAUGCUUUUACAAAUCCUGUUACUCACCAUGGGAUGCACUUGAAGAGGUGACCAAGUAUUGCAAGCUUGCCCAAUCAGGUCUUUCAAUAUCCGACCUUCGCACUUCAAGGCUAUCGGGCAUUGUGACCUAUCGCGAUGGACUGGCCAGAGGGCUCCUUUAUGAUUGGAUCGAGACCAAAGACCCAGGAACCCUAACUUGGGCAAUUGAAGAUGAUGUCCCACGCUCCCAAAAAAAUAAGUGGGCGCUUCAGAUCCGCGAUACUGUGAGAAAGCUUCACAGUUUAGGGGUUGUGUGGAGUGAUGUCAAGCCCGAUAAUGAGUUAAUCGACAUGGACAAGAACGCGGUUGUGAUUGAUUUGGAGGGAGGUACGACUAGGGGUUGGGUUGACAGGGAGCUACUGGGAACUAUCGAAGGAGACCAGCAGGGCUUAAAACGGCUUGUUGAUUUCAUCCUCAAUGAUGAGUCCCCGUUGCGACUCCGGAAUCGGAUCGGGAGCGAUUGUGAAUAUGAUAGUGAGGAGGAGGAAUAG